CCGAGAUUAGGGUUUUGGCUUCCCCAUAUAUAGCCUUUUUUCUCCACUGAACUAUUUUCUCUUUCCCGAUCUUUAAGUCUCGUCUUCAAAGUCUUCAGCCAGUUCAUUAUCCAUGGCGGUCACAUUCUCAGAUCUCCACACCGAGGGUGGUCUUAAAGCCCUCGAGGCCUUCCUCGCCGGAAAAUCCUACAUCUCCGGAGACAAGUUUACCAAGGAUGAUGUGAGGGUUUAUGCUGCUGUUCAUGGUGUUCCCGGCGAUUCCUUCCCCAAUGUCUGCAAGUGGUACAACUCUGUAUCUUCAAAGCUUGCUUCGAGCUUCCCAGGAAAGGCUGCUGGUGUAGGAGUUGGUGGCGCCGCCGCCUCUGCUAAAGAGGCUGCUCCUGCUGCUGCUGCUGCUGGAGAUGAUGAUGAUGACGACUUGGAUCUUUUUGGCGAUGAGACCGAAGAGGACAAGAAGGCAGCGGAGGAGAGAGAGAAGGCCAAGUCUUCUACCAAGAAGAAAGAAAUAAUGGUUACUGUAGGUGGGAAGUCAUCUGUUCUGUUGGAUGUGAAACCUUGGGAUGAUGAGACAGACAUGAAGAAGUUGGAGGAGGCAGUGAGGAGCAUCGAGAUGCCUGGUCUCUUCUGGGGAGCAUCAAAAUUGGUUGCUGUUGGUUACGGAAUCAAGAAGCUCCAGAUUAUGAUGACCAUUGUGGAUGACGAUGUCUCUGUGGAUACACUUAUCGACGAGUACCUCACAGUUGAGCCCCGCAACGAAUACAUCCAGAGCUGCGACAUUGCUGCCUUCAACAAAAUCUAAGUCGACUCUUUUUUUCUUCCUAUACCUCCAUUCUGACUAGUGUUAUCUGUUUCUCUUCUGCAUUGUGGCCUUUUCCCCUUUUAGUGAUAUUAGGGAGAAGAAUACGUAGAUGGAAUGGCCUUUGAAUAUGUGCCCUUGUUCGCUUUGUGAAAGGUCAAUGAAAACGUUUAAUCCAAUUUUGGUUGCUUAUGAUGUUGGGACUCUGACAGACGUCGGUACUCUGAUAUCAUGAUUGCAAAACACCAUGAGUGAGGUUUCUGAAUGCACCAGCAUAUGAGCAAUUGCACUGAGAAAAUAACCAGAAGCAAGUGCUGCAUGGUGGUUGCUUGAGCAAGACCUAUACCAGAAUGUAGUGAGAAAUGCUUCUCCAGGAACGACAGGUGGAAGCUGUGCAAAUUAUUGUAGCACAAAGAUCAGGCUACAAAAUUGCUGUUUGUUUUGCAGGUUCUCAUAUGAGUACAGUAAUUACUAGAAGAAAAACAGAAAACCUAAAGAUAGUUCAAAAGAUCGUCCAAGAAGGAGGAGCAUCGAGUUCACCCAUCUUGACCUCAAAGGAAGGAGAAUAUAGAUCAUGAGAAGAGGAGCCUUCAAGUCACACCAAUUUUGAGCCAAGCUUGGAAGAGGAGGAGUUCAUUGACGACGAUUGCAAGUUCAAUUCUGAAGAAGAAAGAGCCUCUUCAUCAUAUUCUACACCAUUAUCAAUGGCUGGAGAAGAAGGAGAAAGACGAGUUGCCAUCCCAACCACAAUCUAUGAUUAUUUGAGGCCAAGAGCAUCGAAUAUCAGAUCAAGUAUUGCUACACCACCUACUACCAUUGAGAUCCACACUCAACUGAUUCAAAUGGUGCCACAUGCUGGCAUAUUUGCUGGAAGGAAUGACAAUGAUCCUGUUCAGCAUCUGAAGAUAAUAUUGGAGAUCGUCAAUUCCGUUCCAGGAGAUGAAGCUACCAAAGAUGUAAUCCGGCUAAGACUUUUCCCAUUCUCACUUGUGGGAAGGACAAAGUUGUGGUUAGAUUACCAUCCACCAGGCACUUUCACCACAUGGGAG